CAUCAAAUUCUUUUGUGUAAGAACGGAAUCAGAUUCAGCUGACACAGAGAUUCCUUUACUUUUAGAAGAAAGAUUCAAAAUUUAAGAAACUAAAAGGGUUGAUUCCGUUCCCUUAUAGAGAGAGAAGCCAUGGAUGAACGAUCCAGGAGCAAAAAAUUCAUGCCUGCUUUGUUUUGUUCCGUGGCUUCUAACAGUGUCCAAGUACUGAUACGAAGAUCGAUUCUGAGGCUAACCUUGUUCACUUUUAUCCUUAUCUGGUUUUUGUAUGCUCUUUUCAAUGCCAUCGCCUUCUUCACCCCUGUUUACGAUGAUUCCACCAAGCUCGACGCCACUUUCCCUUUCAAUUCCGACGACUCCGCCGUUGCCGUCACCCAAAUUUCAGGCGAGAAUUUCCCUGGAAAAUCCCGCGUCAAAGUCUACCUUUAUGAUCUGCCGACGAGGUUCACCUAUGGAGUCAUCCAGUACCAUUCCUUGGUCCGAGGUGGACGUGCCGUCGAAGACGUGACCACCCUCAAGUAUCCAGGCCACCAGCACAUGGCGGAGUGGUACCUCUUCUUGGAUCUCAUCCGACCCGAAUCCGAGCGUGUCGGAUCUCCCAUUGUUCGGGUCUCGGACCCUGAGGAGGCGGACCUGUUCUAUGUGGCUUUCUUCUCUUCUCUGAGCUUAAUCGUGAACCCAACUUUGGUUCCUGUUGAGUCGGACCCGGAGAAGCCGACAUAUAACGACGCAGAGAAUCAGCAGGCUUUGGUGGAGUGGUUGGAGGAACAGGAAUAUUGGAAGAGGAACAAUGGAAGGGACCAUGUGAUUAUAGCUUCAGAUCCGAAUGCGCUGUACCGGGUCAUGGAUAGAGUGAAGAACAGUGUGCUUCUUGUGGCAGAUUUUGGGCGCUUGCGACCAGACCAAGGAUCCAUUGUUAAGGAUGUCGUCAUACCAUACUCACAUCGACUCAGAACGUACAAGGGUGAUGUGGGGCUUGAGAAUCGUAAUACGUUGUUGUUCUUUAUGGGUGCCCGAUACCGGAAAGAGGGAGGUAAAAUUCGUGACAAACUCUUUCAAAUUCUUGAACAUGAAGAGGAUGUCAUAAUAAAGCAUGGAACUCAGUCCACAGAGAACAGAAGGGCAGCUUCAAAAGGAAUGCAUACAUCAAAGUUCUGUUUACACCCUGCUGGCGAUACCCCAUCAGCCUGCCGACUCUUCGAUGCUAUUGUCACUUUAUGUGUUCCAGUGAUUGUGAGUGACAGUAUCGAGUUGCCCUUCGAAGAUAUCAUAGACUAUUCGAAGCUGGCAAUAUUUGUAGACUCUGCUUCUGCUAUAAAACGUAGAUAUCUGGUGUCAAUGUUGAGAGCAAUAACCCCAGAGAGAAUCCUGGAGUAUCAGAAAGAACUUAAAAAGGUCAAGCGAUACUUUCAGUACGAGGCAGAAGAUGGAACAGUUAACGAGAUAUGGCGCCAAAUUUCAAAAAAGCUUGAUUUGAUUAAGCUGAUGAUUAACCGUGAGAAGAGGAUGGUCAGAAAUGAACCAGAUUGCUCUUGCAUGUGUACAAACAAGACAGCCAUUAGAACCUUGUAGCAAUUUUCUCAGAGUGCUCCAAGCAGAUGAAGGUUUCCUCUUCUUCCACAUUCACACAAUUCAAAUCCAGAAUUUGGCAUCUAUGCAGAAGAAGCCUGUAGCCCGGUUUUUUCCAAUCUACUGAGACGGCAACAUUUCAUUGAUGAUACUGAUAAGGUGAAGGAUGACUCAGUCUGAUGGCAAAUUUUGGGUAUUUUAUAGAUGAUCACUAUUUAAUUUGGAAAACAGUUGAAUAUCUAUGGUUGUAUCUAUCAUAAAAAAGGUAAAAGUAUACAGUCAAUCCUUUCACUUUAUAUAAUGUUUUAGUUUGAUUCUUUAA